AUGAUGUUCCCAGAUGCCGGUGCAAGCCCAUACUUCCCACAAAGUCAGCAGCAGCGGUUCCAUGGAAUCAAUGGCAUUGGAGAGGACGCCGCCUUCCCCGGAGACGGCGGGUUGGCGCUGGCGGUGCCCGACACCCACCGCAGCACAUGCACCCUGCUGUACAACCUGUCCGUGCUCAAGGACAAGGUACAUCAGCUGGAGCCGCUCGUCGGCCUCGCGGUCGGUCGCGGCCACGGCCACGUCGUCGACCCCGUGGUGCCCGGAGCCAGCGCCGUCGUCCAGGAGAUCAUCGCCGUGGCUACAUCCAUGUUGUACGCCCUGCAGCACCCUUACGGCCUCGGCGCGUUGACAAAAUCCGUUAAUAACGCGGCCACGCCGGAGGAUGUGGUCGACGGCCAUGCAAAGAACGGCCUAGCGGAUGAUGACCAGGAGGCCAUGGUCGAUGCCAUGCGGCAGUGGCAGCAGCAGCACCACCAUGGUGGCGGCCACGACAUCCCUGGAAAGUCCGCAGAGGCGGCCGCCGUGUCAUCGUCGACGCAAGCGACGACGGACUCGGCGGUGGACACGACGAUCAUCGAGUUAGACGCGGCCGAGCUGCUGGCCAAGUACACGCACUACUGCCAGGUGUGCGGCAAGGGGUUCAAGCGCGACGCCAACCUGCGCAUGCACAUGCGCGCGCACGGCGACGAGUACAAGAGCAAGGCGGCGCUCGCCAACCCAACCACCAGGUUGUUCGGGCCCUCCGGCUACGAUGCGGCGGUGGACGCCGCGGGGAGAAGGAACAAGUACUCGUGCCCGCAGGACGGCUGCCGGUGGAACCGGAGGCACGCCAAGUUCCAGCCACUCAAGUCGGUGAUCUGCGUCAAGAACCACUACAAGCGCAGCCACUGCCCCAAGAUGUACGUCUGCAACCGCUGCAACGGCAAGCACUUCUCCGUCCUCUCCGACCUCCGCACCCACGAGAAGCACUGCGGCGACCACCGCUGGAUAUGCUCCUGCGGCACCACUUUCUCCCGCAAAGACAAGCUCGCCGGCCAUGUCUCCCUCUUCGCAGGCCACCAGCCCGUCGCGCCGCUCGCUGCCGGCAGGCACGGUAAGAGAUCCUCAUUAUUGUCCACGUCCUCCUCCGACCUUGCUGGAAACUGCACCAACACCGGCUUCUCCAUUACUCCUACAUGA